GAUGGUGGCCGAGGAGAUGGUGGUCUCCCUGUCCGGGGGGUCCCCGUGGGGCUUCAGACUUCAGGGAGGAAAGGAGCAGCAGAAGCCUCUACAGGUGGCAAAGGUGCGCCGGCGCAGCAAAGCCUGCAGGGCGGGGCUGAAGGAGCACGACGAGCUGGUUGCCAUUGGCGACCAGAUGUGCGCGGAGCUCAGCCACGCCCAGGCCAUGAGGCUCAUCGACGGGCAGAGUGCCACGCUCCACCUGAGGGUCAAAAGAGCUCCUUCCCGCGUCUUCGCCGACGUCCUUCCCCCCGCCGCCGAGCCCGGCGGCAUCACCUCUCCCCCGGACAGCGAGGCCUACUACGGCGAGACGGACAGCGACGCCGACACGCAGUCGCACACGCUCCGCCGCCAGCGACGCACGCCCCCUCACGCCCGAUCACCUGGUCGCCAUGACAACCACCAGGAGGAGGAGACGUCUGAAAUGAGCGGGUAUGAGAGUGCCAGCGACGCAGCCCUCCUGCAGGGCCAGUGGGACGCCCACACUCCUGCCGGCGUCCCGCGCAAGGACUUCAUCUACCAGCCCGACUGGACCACGCCCUCGGCCCCUCACACGCUGGCCCCCGACGGGCCCCUGACGGAAGCCGAGGGGGAAGGAGACAGUGGCUUCCAGGAGGCGGCGGGCUGCGCCGGGCCGGUCUCAUGCCCGCCCUUGGUGUCUCCCGAGCGGGCCAAGGAGGCCCUGAUGCUGGGGUCCGCUGGGAGUCCCAUGGUGCCCAUGGUGGGCCCCCAGCUGGGCCCCAUGAGCGAGGAGCUCUCCACCACCUACAUGGAAAAAGCGCGGCAAGCCAAGCUGCAGCGUGGCGAGAGCGUGGUGGAGAAGCAGGUGAAAGAAGCGCGCACCAAAUGCCGCUCCAUCGCCUCCCUGCUGACCGACGCGCCCAACCCCAACUCCAAAGGGGUGCUGAUGUUCAAGAAGCGGCGGCAGAGGGCCAAGAAGUACACGCUGACCUGCUUCGGCAAGGCCGAGGAGGACGAGGACCGGGGCGGGGAGACCACGGAGGAGGAGGGCGGAAGCUCCAUCCAAAGCUCCGACGUUGACGAGGAGGGCUUUUCGGCCUCCUUCGACCCCACCUGGGACAGCGGGUACUUAGACCUGUUGGACAGGAGGAGCGCCGCUUGCCCGCCGGCCGCUCCGACGACAACAGCCAAUCACAGCCAAGAGUUCGACAGCCCGCCUGACCAGAAUCAAACCCUCGUGGCACCUGUCAAUCAAGUCCCGAGCUUGGAGGUGUUAGGGCUAGAGAGCAUGAAGCAACCAAUCUCUCCAGCUUCCCAAAUGUCGGCUCCGAUCCUUCACAACGGGGGGGCGGUCGCCAUAAGUCGGGCGAGUGUUAAACUGAGCUCACCCCCUUUGAGCCCGCCUCUGAAUCACACCGACCUCAGUCCUUGCUCCGAUCAACACUUAAGUCCUAAUGCCUCAAUGCUCAAUCGCACCGCCCGCCCCUUCACCCCCGGCCCCACCCCUUCUCGCUCAUCCGUCACCUCCGUGAUGUUCCGCCCUUCUCCGCCUAAACCGCCCGCCGUCGUGUCGGCGAGCAAACCUGCGGCCGCUGUCUCCAUGGUGACCAUCACGCCGACUCACUAUCCAUCCGAUGCCAAGCGAGCCGUGUCCAGCGCCUCCCUCUACAUCCCGGCUCGGAAUAACAGCACCACCCCGUCCGUCAGCUCGCCUCCCUCACCUCCCGCCCAUCCCUUUCCCCCUCACCCAUUGGUGCCAGCUUCACCCGUCACCCCCCUUGCACCUCAAGGUCCCCAAACCUAUCCAUCACCUGCUCAGUCCUUCUCACCGCCGACCUUUCAUCAACCUCCCUCCCCUGGAAUUUCUGUUCCUCACAUUUCCCAGACCCAAGUCCCCAUGCCUCGUCCUCCGCCUGUCCAUCCCUGCAUCCCUGCAGUCGCGUCCCCGGGCCCCCAUGCUGCCAUGGUAACCGCAUCUCUCCCUCAAACUUCAGCCUCAGACUCCCUGGCCACUCGCGAACAACGGAUCUCUGUCCCGGCGGCUCGCACCGGCAUCCUUCACGAUGCGCGGCAAAGAAGCAACAAGAAGCCGAUGUUCAGCGCGAUCCGGAGCAAAGACGUGUCACCUAACCCCGACCUGAUGUCCAUGGUCCAGAACAUGGAUGACCGCUUUGGGAGAACAGUGGGCGCAGAGCCUGGAGCUGUACCCGUUGAGGUGGGUCAUGAGUCCGGGCCCGAGGAGGACUGGUUGAGGCUGGGAGCUGAGGCUUGUAACUUCAUGCAGGCUCAACGGGUGUCCAAACCACCCCCUGUAGCUCCAAAACCCCAUACCCCUCAGGAGCCUCUGCUGGCAGGGAAAGGGGGCCAGCUGUUUGCCCGCCGCCAGAGCCGCAUGGAUCGAUACGUUGUUGAGCGAAGUCCCUCUGUCGCUCCAACGCCAUUCUCCCCUACCCAGACCAGGGAGCCCUCACCCACACCUUCACUCCCGUCCACCUGGAAGUACUCCUCAAACAUCCGGGCCCCGCCUCCCAUCAGUUACAACCCCCUCCUCUCACCCUCGUGCCCACUCAAAGCCCAAAAGAAGGCGCAGGUGACGAAGACCGGAUUGGCUGGACCCAAAGGGAAGAAAGCCGCCAAAAAGGCAGUGGACGUCAUGAACCACCAGCCCUACCAGCUCAACUCGUCUCUUUUCACCUACGGGGGCGGCGCUCCGCAGGGUGCCUCCACCAACCAGCAGGAAGGCCGACCUCAGAAGACCGCACGCGUGUCUGAGGUGAAGCGCUUCUCCACACCACCUCCGACUGCCACAUCCCCCGCGCUAAAGGUUAUCCAACCUCGAUCGGCCACCACCCUCGGGGAACCUAUGUGGCGUUCCGACAUGGCAUCCCCUCCGCCGCAACCUCAGACACCCACCCCAUCUUACCAACCUCACUGGUCCCCUGGUCUUUUGUCCCCUCCUCCCCAAACUUCCCCUUCUCAGCCUCAAGCACCCACCACCCCUUACCAACCUCACUGGUCCACUGGUCCUUUGUCCCCUCCGCCGCAAAAUGCCCCCAAUCAACCUCAGACACCCACCCCAUCUUACCAACCUCACUGGUCCCCUGGUCCUUUGUCCCCUCCGCCCCAAACUGCCCCUUCUCAGCCUCAAGCACCCACCCCAUCUUACCAACCUCACUGGUCACCAGGCCCCUUGUCCCCUCCGCCACCCCCUGCCCCUACAGCUCCCCUUCCCCAGCUCCCCACAUUUACCUUAACCCCACACCAGGUCCCGUCCCCCUCUUUCUCCCACCUCCAGGCCUCAGCGCCCCAGCAGCAACAGGCCGACAGGCAGUUCAAAAGCGCCCCGGAUCUGAGUCCUCUCAGACCCCCCGGUGCUCCGCGGCAGACAUCCACCGGAAGCCAGUUCAGCAGAGUUCCCAGGCCCCGAUUUAGCACCUCGAACAUGGGCCUGCAGCCCUGCGUGUGGCGCCCUGGAUCCACCAUGCACUGAGCCGCGUUUUUAGUUUGUAAAUGUUGUUUUCAAGGCGGUUUCAAUCUAUUACUAAAAUCUGAUCGACGUGUUUUGAUUAGUCCUUGAUCCUUGAAAGGAAACCCAGUGACUGAGCAAAGAAAAAGUACGGCGGAGACCUGGAGAAAGGCGACAGGAUCAGAAAAGCAGGUGAGGAAGGAAGAAGAAACCAAAAAGGAAGUGUGGCGAAUGUGGGAAAAGACUGUUUAGGAUCAGCGGAGUGAUGGCAAAAGUACUUCCUGUUGAUGGCAAAAGUACUUCCUGUUGUUGGCAUAAGUACUUCCUGUUGUUGGCAUAAGUACUUCCUGUUGUUGGCAUAAGUACUUCCUGUUGUUGGCAAAACAAUAUUUGCACAUUAUAUUGCAGUGAUGUUUUUAAUGGUAUAUAUAGCUAGAGGGCGCCAAAUAGGUGGAAGAGUUCCAACAAUUCCAAGGGCCCGCGACUGAAAAGGGGCCCCAAAAACUAGCUUUUUUUUUUUUUUAAAUGGGACCCAGAAUUCCUGGCAUUGUCCCUGCAUUUACUGUAUGUUUGUUUUUUCAUGAUAUCACACGCAAAAAUGUAAUGCACCAGGGUGUGGGGGGUAACUGUUAGCAUGCAAACAAUAGCACGAUAGCAAGCUAACUUAACCAUGCUAACUUUUUCAUCUAAUUUUACACUUUUUUUUUCUAUUUCCGCAGCCAUACACCUUUGAGUCAUAUUACUUGGUAUGUAACACAAGCUAACUAUUAUCCUGCUCACGUUAUUUAGUUAGCAUGCUAACAUUAGCAUGCUAACUUUUUGAGCUAGUUUUGCAACCGUUUAACCCAGAGUCAUUAAACUCGGUACGUGACUCUAUUUCUGCAGCCAUACACCUUUGAGUCAUAC